AUGUAUUUAUACGCGAAACGAGCGACGCACACCAGAGAACAGCGGACGACCCACACGAAUAAUGCGCCGCACAAAACCCAAACCCGACUGAACCUACUGCCGAGUGCCGACUGCCCGCCGCUGGUCGACACGGAAUUAACGAGUGUGUCGUCGACCGUCGUUGAGGAGCGAGCACGGAGCAGCAACGAAAAUAAACACGGCACGGAUUGUUGCGCCGCCGUCAGUGUUGCCAACCUGAUCGCGGAGACCGCUGCCGCUGCCGCAGCGGCCUGCGACGUGUGUGGACCGCGGAGGAGGCGGACGAACGUGUUUCCGACGACCGACGUCAGCUGA